GACUGCUCGUUAUUCCGAAACCUUUAGGAUCAAUUCAGCCGGUUUAAUAUCAAAUUUAGUGAAGGUGUAGUCGUGAUUGAAUAACACCUACAUAGGAAAGGGCACAAUGCGAGUGUCACUUCUCGCAAUUGCAAUGGGGUUUCUAUAUGGAAUCAUAGAAGCCUCCCCAGCUCGUAGAUCAGAAUCUGAUGCAGUCAACUCCAGCGAUUACUCCUCAACUAGCUCCCCUACUCCAACUACAAUGGAUACCGCUGGCACGAUCGAAACACCUCCAGCAUUAGAAACUCCUGCCUCGAUUACAGAUGAAGAAUUGAAUCCUUGGGUCACCGUCGAUGCCAGUGGACAUGCGUCAACAGUUACUCCCAUCCUUACGACGAUCAGUGGUAAAGUGACUACAAGUGAUGCUGCUCCGGCGCGGUUGACUGCUACCGGCACUUCCUCUAUCUUUGAAACGUUAACGACAUCUAAAUCUAGUGAAGCGGUACCUACAUCGACAGGUGGUGGAGCCUUUGAGAUCUGCCACAACCUCAAAGGAAAGUUUGCACCGUUUUGUAAGCCAGAUAAUGGGUCUAGUGUAUAUGUGGACGAGACAUAUUAUGUUACUUGGGAUACCCAGUACUUUGCUGGUUCGAACAAUUCGGUUUUUAUACAAGCAAACUAUGUGAAUGCUUCAGGCGGAGGGGUACAGGCUUUUCAAUCAGCACCCACAAGUAAUAAUCUUGGUUUCAUUGCUUGGACGAUAGAUAAGAGCUGGUUAAAGAACAUGAAGUUCAACAACGUAACUUUGUUUUUCACACCCACCCAAAAAACGGAUGUCAUCUCCGUACAAGGACCAACACUCAUGGUGACUACUUCUCCUGCGCCUGAACCAUAUCGCCAACCACCAAGCAAAGCUCCACAUGGCGCUUCUCUCUAUAUCGCCCUUCCAACUAUCCUCGCAUUUAUUGUUCUAGUCGUUGGUGGAACGUGGUAUUGCAAUCGUAAACGUCGCAGUAUUGGGAUGAGUAGUGUGAUGGGUCGGCGCAAGGGAUACGGAACUGGCUCAAAGAGACAGAGAAUGGGGUUGAGGAAGAAGAAAGACCGAGCAAUCAUGUUGAGAAACCAGGAGUUAGCAGCCGAUGGCCAGUAUAGGGAUGUUCCACCGUCAAGAGUAGAGGAUCCGUCGAUGCAUUAUCGCGAUGAAACUGGUUGGGAUAACGACGAGAGUUCUAGAGAUGAGACGAGACGACAAACUGGAUCAAGACUAUAAUAUUCAAAAUUGAAUCCGCAUGUAUAUGAUUACGGAAACAGGCGUGCGAUACAGACGUAAAAAACAUGAUGGCAUGGAAUUUUCA